CGUAAUUGAAAAACCACACAAGCCAAUUUUUCCCUCUCUUUGAAUCUUUUUGAAAUAGUCCCCAAAAAUGGCAAUGGCAUUGGCAUCCAAUGUGCAGCCCGCUAGGGUGCAGCCACCGCCAGCCCCUGUGCAGCCCACUAAGAUGCAGCAACAGUUGAAGGGUGAGCGCCGGAUGUUCUCGACCAACGAUGACAGUGCCAUGAUGAAGCAAAUUCAGGCAACCCAUUCACCCGAUGGCCGCGAGGUUGAAGUCAAACCCAUUCUCACUGUCAUUGAGGACAUCCUCAAUCGUGCUAGGCCUAGCAUUGCCGCGGUGGUAAAUGGCACACAUGAUCAUAUCGAUACAAUGGACGACAAGAUCGCUCUUAGUGCUUUUGAUGGAGUCCUUGAAGGAUUGGCUCAUAUCAUACAUAGAACUGCUUGCGAGUUAUCAUGCAAGUGUUCAGGAGGAGGAGAUGCUCAUGCAACAACAAUGGCGAUUUUCCACUCUCUUUCGAACUACUCAUGGGACGCGAAAGUGGUGAUAUCCUUAGCAGCCUUUGCUGUCUGCUAUGGAGAGUUCUGGCUCGUUGCACAUCUUUGCGCCACAAAUCCACUCGCCAAAUCAGUGGCUAUCCUCAAGCAAUUGCCAGACAUCAUAGAGCAUUCCCACUCGCUGAAAUCCCGAUUUGAUGCAAUCACUAACCUUCUGAAGGCCAUGAUCGAUGUAACCAAGUGCAUUGUUGAGUUCAAGGAGCUACCACCUCAAUAUAUAUCACCUGACACGCCACCAAUGUCGCUUGCCAUGGCUCAUAUCCCCAUUGCUGCCUACUGGACCAUCCGGAGUAUGGUGGCUUGCGCGUCACAGAUAACAAGCCUUCUAGGCAUGAGCUAUGAGUACAUAACAUCUACCACAGAGGCGUGGGAACUUUCGAGCUUGGCUCAUAAGGUCAGCAACAUACAUGGCCACCUCACGGAACAAAUUGGUAUUUGCUAUCAAUACGUAGAUGAGAAGAAACACGCAGAAUAUUAUCAAAUGCUUUUGCAUCUUUUUGAAAUUCCCCACUUGGACAACAUGAAGAUUCUCAAGGCAUUGAUUUACUCCAAGGAUGAUAUACUGCCGCUUUACGAUGUCUCCUCCAAGAUGAGGGUUAGUGUUGAAAUACUUAAGAGAAAGACAGUGUUACUGCUCAUUUCUGAUCUUGAUGUCUCCAACGAAGAGAUUCUCACUCUCGGUGAUAUUUACCAUGAGUCACGAACAGCAAGGAAAGAUCAGAUUCACUACGACGUGGUAUGGCUCCCGAUUGUGGAGAGGUCAAUUACUUGGAACGAAGGCUAUCAGCGCAAAUUUGAGCAGCUUCAGUCUAUGAUGCCAUGGCACACACUGCACCAUCCCUCAUUGCUCGAGCCAGCAGUGACCAGGUACAUCAAGGAGGUGUGGCAUUUCCAAAGGAAGAUGAUGCUAGUGGUAUUGGAUCCACAAGGGAAGGUUGUGUGCCCAAAUGCCCACCACAUGAUGUGGAUUUGGGGAAAUUUCGCUUACCCUUUCACCACUGCGAAGGAGGAAGCACUGUGGAAGGAAGAGACUUGGAAACUCGAGCUACUGGUGGAUGGAAUUGAUGAACAGACACUUCACUGGAUUCAACCAGGGAUCUACAUUUGCUUGUAUGGAGGAGAGGACAUUAAGUGGAUCAGAGACUUUACAAGCAGAGUAAAAGCUGUUGCAAAGGCUUUAGGCAUCACCAUUGAAAUGGUUUAUGUGGGGAAGAGCAAAACCAAGGAAAGAGUACGAAAGAACAUUGAAAUCAUUGAUUCGGAACAUCUUAGUUACUCUUGGCAUGACCUCACAUCCAUUUGGUUCUUCUGGUCACGAUUGGAGAGCAUGCUCUACUCAAAGAUGGAGCACGGCAAGUCCAUUGAAAAUGAUCAGAUAAUGCAGGAGGUGAUGACCGUGCUUAGUUUCGACGGCAGUGAUCUAGGAUGGGCUAUUUUCAGUAAAGGAUCCGCAGAGAUGGCCAAAGCCAAGGGCGACCUUAUCGUGACAUGCCUAACAGAAUUCGGGGUUUGGGAGGAGAAUGCGAAGGAAAAGGGUUUUGUGCCUGCACUUAUUGAGCAUCUCGAGCGUCUACACACCCCACAGCACUGCAACCGCCUCAUCCUUCCCGGGAUCAAUGGCGACAUCCAGGAGAGGGUGAUUUGCGCAGAGUGUGGCCGUCCCAUGGAGAAGUACCUCAUGUAUCGCUGCUGCACCGAUUAAGAGAUGCGUCCAAGACCUAUAUAUUUUAUGUUUGUUUAUUAUUGUAAGAGUGCAAUGUAUCAUGUUUGCUUCAGCUAGUAGAAUAAGUAAUGCUAGGUGGUCUUAUUACCACUAGUAUUGCUACUAUAGCUAAAAUAUGUUUGUAUGAGAUGUGUAGGACUCUAUAUAUGGUCCCUCAUUAGCAGCUUCUAUGUAAGACUACCAAAAGUGUGCUUUAUGAAUGUAAUAUAGAUAGUUUCCUUCCUCUUCAGCUUUCCUUAAUUUUAUGAGAAUUUGAAGUCUAA